GCGGUAAUUGUUUGCUGUUUAAACGGCUGAACACGUGCUUUGUAUCAGGAGCCAGACUUGGCAUUUACUGCAUGUAUUUUUGUCAUUUCGAGAAAUUUCUUAUUUCCGACCGCGUACAUUAUUAUAUUGAGUGGGUGGUCAGUGUGGUCAGUUGCCGUUUCUUAUUCCGAAGUAAGUCUGUAAGUUUUCUGAAGUGUACACGAUGGCCAAGUGGGGACAAGGUGACCCUCGGUGGAUUGUUGAAGAGAGAUCGGACGCUACAAAUGUUAACAACUGGCAUUGGACGGAGCGAGAUGCAUCCUGUUCAUCUAAAGAGCACCUGAAAGAAUUAUUGGUUGGUCUAAAAAUCCAAGACGAUAAAGGUGAAUGCGAGGUGAUUGAGAUGACAAGUAUUGAGGGUGAAGCAUCAGCCAGCAACAGGAAAGCCAAACUCAUCUUCUUCUAUGAAUGGAACAUCAAACUAGAAUGGCAAGGUAACCUCAAAGACUGCAGUACCAAACUGAAGGGACAUGUGGAAAUCCCCAACCUCAGCGACGAGAAUGAUUUGGAUCAGAUAGACAUUACCGUUACGACUAAGAAAAAUACCGAGGAGUCCAGAAUACUGAAGGAAAUAAUGCGCAGCAAAGGCACCACCGUCAUCCGAGAACAGCUUGGCAAAUAUAUCACCUUCCUCAAAGAAGAUAUGAGUAAAGGAAUGAUACUGCCGUCAGCAGACACACAGAAGGAAUCACAACCGGCCGUGUCUAAGCCCACACCUCCCAAGGCUUCCCCGUCUACCAUCCAGCAACAACACCAGGUCAACCAAGAAAACAUGAAGAACACGCAGAUUGGAGUCCAGAUUGACACGCAGAAUCUGACGGCAACCGAGGAAUUCAAGUGUGCGGCUGAGGAGCUGUAUCAGGUGCUCACGGACCCCCAGAGAGUUUCGGCAUUCACCCAAUCCCAAGCGGUUAUGGAAGUGGAAAACGGCGGCAAGUUCAGUCUGUUUGGUGGCAACGUGACUGGAGAGUUUAUAUCAUUGGAUCGUGCUUCCCAUAAAAUUGUUCAGCGUUGGAGAUUCAAAACCUGGCCAGAAGCCCACUUCUCAACGGUCACCAUCAAGUUGACCCAGAAGAGCGAUUGCACCAAACUGACCCUGAACCAGACGGGCAUCCCCGUAGCCGACUAUGACAGGACGAAAGCCGGCUGGAUAAACUACUACUGGCACGCCAUCAUGGCCACGUUUGGCUAUGGGGCUCAGCUCUUUUGAUGUCAGUUACAACCGGGAUCCGGGCCCAAUUUCGCGGCGCUGCUAAGCACAAAAAUGUGCUUUGCACAAAAAAAAAAGUCUGGCUUAUAAUCAGCCAAAACUCAUGUGAUUUUCAUGCUAAGCAAACAACAGCUGAAUACUAAUCAAGAGCAAUAUACAUCACAUGGAGUUUUGGCUGGUAACCUGCUUUUAUAAGCCAGACUUUUACUGUGCUGAGCAGUUUUUGUGCGUAGCAGCGUCGUGAAAUUGGUCCGUGAUUGUGGCAGACGAUCAUGUCAAAAUCAUGAAUAUUUAUUUGUACAAAAUACAAGUCCUCACUGUCGACAUAUUGCUGUGAAUGUUGUGCUAGUUCUCAGGUAUUGUUUGAACUUAGAGAGAAACCGUGGGGUUUUUACAGCUGGAAAAAAAAUGUGGACAGAAUGAAAAGAAAGCAUUACAAUUUACAACAUUUAAACGAGUGAAGGUUUGUGGUCACACCAUUUGGACAAAUCUCGUUUGAUGUGUGUGGUUCUGAAAAGAACCCGGUUGGUUGUGAAGUCAACGUUCCGAUCAGUAUGCUCUGAUCAUCUUCAGGAGGGCUACGAAGAUGAUCAGAGCAUACUGAUCAAAACGUUGAGUUUACAACCAACCAGUUCUUUUCUUUUUCAGAACUACACACCUCAAAAGAGAUUCUCCCACAUGGUGUUAUCGCAAAGCCUCAUGGCGGUUUAUACUACCGCCAUGAAAAGUUUCCAAUCUUAUUUUCAACAUAUUGAAAAUAUUGUGAAUUGAUGACUAUUGUAAAAUCAAAAUUGUUGACCUCAACUUCCAUUUCAUCGAUCACGCAAAUGACAAUUCGGGCGAUUCACAAUGCAGUGCGCCACCAAGAGUUUGCCACGGGGAGUUCAUUUUUACCAGUGCAUUGUGGGAGAUAGUCGACAAACUCGCAGCGCGGGACUCUUGAAAUUGUUAGUUUUUCCGGUCAGUAGUUUCGUAAGCGUAUGAUUCGAGUAUAUGUUUGCCCUUUUUUUUUCUGUUUAUCAAUAUGGUGUUUUGUGUAAGGCAGCAGAACGCUAUGCCCCAAUCUAUAACAAAUUAGCUCAAAUUGUCUACUGACACCCGUUCAAAUGAGCCUGUGACUGUGAACUUGAAAAAUGGAUUCUUCACGGCAAACUCUUGGUGGCGCAAUGCAUUGUGAAUCGCCCGAAUUGGGUAAAUUCAAACGUGGGAGUCUGUGACUACACUCGUCAGUGUUUUGUGCCAAGACGUUCAAAGAAAAAGCGAACGUGGACCAGCGAGACUUGCACGUUAUAUUGACCAUCCUUACACUUGUAUCUCCUGACCAUAUAUUAUUGUUUACAUCGGUGAACUUUUUAUCAAUUACUGUAACACUAUCCUUAUCCUGUGAUGUUCCUCAACCCAUCGCAUAGUCACAGAAGAAUUGGGGGUUUCCCCGUAUCUAUGUGGGAUUUAUAGUGAUUACAGGAAGAUUUUUUUAGAUUUUUAAAAAUUAAACAAAGGCAAAAGUAUUAAGAUUUAUAGAUAACACUGUCAAUACUACAUUGCACACUUUGCAAAGUAUUAUAUUUCUUAACUUGUACAGUAAAAGUCAGGCGAAGCUGGUCGAGCACCGUUAUAGAACAAUUUGAAUAGGAGUAAAACUGAUUAAACAUCGUGAAUAUAUUGAAGGCUCUGUUAAUCAUGCCACCUUUAAUAUGCAAGAAUGAUCUUUAUGAAAAAAAAAUGUAAAAGAUACUAGCGCGAUAUGUUGCUGAAUACACACACUGAAAUUACUACUUGAUGUCUGCAGUGUUUAUAAUUAAUAAAAUUGAGUGAAUUUUUUUUCAGUUGCAGAUUCUUUUUACUUUAAUUUUUAAUAUAACGCAUUAAUUCCCGGAAAAUAUGUGAUUCACGAACAGAGGCUCAUAUAUACUGUAUACCGAGAAUGGAAUGUGUGUCAGUUUUAGUUUAAUGGGAUUUUUUUAACUGUUCAAUAUUUUUUGGAAAUAAAACAUUUGACAAACAUGAGGAAUAGAAACAAA